AUGACAUUUGUUGGACGUCUCAAAAUUUACCUUACGAUCUUCGUGGUCCUCUACACCACUUACCUCUUUUCGUACAAAUGUGCAAAGUUAAAUGAAACUGCCUUUGAACACGGUGUGGAAAAAGUCUUACAUCCUUUGUCUCAUUCUCACAAUCAAUUGUGUGAUGGAUUAAACAAGGGAGUCAAUUUUGCUACUCCUUAUGUUGGACAUGUGCAAAAGUUCCUUGACGACCAUGUACACUCCACCAAAUUGUUCCAGGGCUACAAGAUCCACGAAAAGGUGGUUUGUGCUCAGGGCAAAUAUUACAAGUUUGUUCACCCAUGGGUGAUCAGAUACUUUCAAUUGUUUGAGGUUGCCGAACAGCACGUUGCUGACCACUUUGUGGCUCAGUACGGCAAGGUGAAGGGUUACCUUGGCAAGUAA